UCAAGGAAGCCGCAACGCACGCUCGGAAGUCGUUCAAACAUCAUACACAAGUGUCUAAUUUCGAGUGAACGAAGACUAGAUAUGGACUCUACUGGUCGGCCGAGUAUGGUUUACUCAGAGAAGAAGGAAAAAGGAGACAAAAUUGGUACGGAUCACUCGAUAGAAUCUGCCUUGAUUCAGGCGUCGAGUAAAGGUUAUACGAUCGAUAUGAUUCUCGGCAAUCAUGAUCGAAGACCAAAACCGAAGCAAGAAGACUCGUUUGAGCAAGACGGCAAGCUGUCAAGAAAUUCCAGCGACGACGAAGACGAUUUAAGUGUGGGCGACGAAAAAGGAAGCAAAGACGAAGACGACCUAGACGAGAGCGAUGGCAAACCGAGAAAGAUGCGUAGAAGUCGCACCACAUUUACAACAUACCAACUUCAUCAACUGGAGCGUGCUUUUGAGAAAACACAAUAUCCCGAUGUAUUCACAAGGGAAGAACUAGCCUUGAGGCUGGACUUAAGCGAAGCAAGAGUCCAAGUGUGGUUCCAAAACAGAAGAGCGAAGUGGAGGAAACGAGAAAAGUCCAUGGGACGCGAAAGCCCUACAUAUCUUUAUGGCCCAUCAAACGAUUACAGAGCUCUACAAGAUGUUCCUCCACAUGUGCACGCAGGGGCACAUCCAUUUGCGUCUGGAGUAGAAAGAUGGCACCCACACGUCCCAGCCCUAAGUCUUUUGUCUCCUUAUGCAACCGCACCAAGUCCCUAUGGUCCUCUUGGGCCCCAUCUUAAUGUCGCGGGCCUUUCACCAGCUGCAAUGUACACGCAUCAUCUAUACAGACAGUACGCCAGGCCGGGAAUGGCGCCAUUUUUGAAGAGCCCCCUAAACAACAUGGAAACACAGGAAUUUCGUAGAACAAGUAUCGAGAAUUUGAGAUACAAAGCUAAACAACACAGUUCCUCGCAGUCCCUAUCAGAGGGUAGCAAGACUGUUUAGUUAAUGUCAUGAUUUUCAUGUAAUAUAACUUAGACUUUUGCCAUAUUAUGAUGUGGAACUCUAUAAAUUCGAAAUAAGCAAAACUGAAGACAAGAAAAUGUUUCUGUUUACUAUAGUUAGCAAUUCUAUACAUUUAAUGGCAAGGUAGACGCCAUCUUUCUAUGGGCAUGCAUACAUGUAUAAGGUUUAAAGGUUUGGGCAAACCGUUCAAAAUUUCUCAAUUUACAAUUGCAAAAUGCUCCAAAUACUAGGUAAAAAGUACGAGAAGAUAUUCUCUGAGCAUUUCAGAACCCAGCUGGUUUUGCUUCAUUUCGUAGAAGUUUAGCUGAACUCAGCGGUAUGUGCAAUUGACCGAAACCAAAUCUGGUUUGUUUUGCAAUCCUCAUCAACCGACGCCUUAAAGUUUUCUAGGUGUGUAGCAAAACCUGACUUUGAAAAUGCAUACGCUGCUUUUUGGGGUAGAGUGGUUAAUGACAUCAAUUAUUUUUGCACAGCAACACAUAAUGUAGCUUAUUGGCCUCUAAGGUCACAAUAACUUUGAGCAUUCGUAAAGAACUUUAAUUUACAUCUCGAAAAUCGAGUCAACUGUCAUAAAAUGUUUGUACAUAGUAUUAUACUCGACAAGGCGACCCUGGUUGCUGUAAUUUAUUAUUAAAUUGUGUGCUUUUUUGUAUCAACGAGGAAUUGAAAAUAUAUUUAACAGAAUAAAAUAUUUCUUAUUUAUAACCACUGCCAUGAAUAGCAAGUGGAAAACCUCGGUAGUGACAGAUUGGGUGCCGUUUAGACAUUUGAAGCACAUGCAAACGUGUAGUUUUUCUAUUUCAAGGUUUCGCUUAAAUCUAGUGCAUUUAUUUACUUUUCAUACUAUUGCUAUAAGUGGGUCUAUUCAGUUCCAUAAAUAAGGGUUUCUAAAGCAACGAAAUUGCUUCAUGUCUGUGUUCUUUUAAAUAGGAUGCAGUUGCACUGAAUUGGUCGUAUAUGGUUGAACUGUAAAGGAGCUAAAUAGCAUGUAACUUAUAAUAAAUUAAUUAGAAAACGGCAAAUAAACGUUUUUUUUCCAAUGUU